GCAGACCCACUCACAUCCACAAAAAUGAAGACAGCUAUAGAUUUCUUUGCAAAAGCAGGGGAAGCGAGUGAGCCAAGUAUUUUUACUCAAUUGAAUUAUAUCAGAAUAAAUAAAGCAUUCAGAAGUCUGAUUGCAUUAUGUCGCUGUGAUGGUCGCUGCUUGCAGGGACAUCUGUGGGCCACUUCAGUAUGACAGUCCUCACUAAAUAAAUGUUUAUUGACCUCAUAACAAUUCCUUGCUUUUCAUGUAGGCCUAUAGUAAAUCUAGAAUAAACAAUCUACAACUCUGCUAAAGAGUUCAGAAGAUGGCAUAAUGAACACGAGCUACUGCCGCUUUCACUCGCACGCCUGUCUAAUCCUUUGACCACUCUGCAGUUGACCAACCACUCCCACAGAAUCCAUGUGACUGAGUGCAUGGCGUCACUGCGUGUACUUGGGCCGUGCGGUGCUGCCGACACAAAGCUCCCCACACGUUUGAGCAGCAUUGCAGACAAAUGGCAAGUGGUGUGUUUCGGUGAGUCAUCUUGCCAAACCUCCUAACGGCAGAUACGCUGACUGUGAUUGAGUUUUAAGGGCUUGAAUGAAUCAAUGAAUCAAUGAAUGGGUUAUUUCCUGCAAUUAUUCUGCAGCAACCACAGAACAAAAAGUGAAUUUGACACCCUUAUCCCAAUAGUUCAGUGAUUUUUAGUAGGGCAGAAUUAAGCAAUUUCUCCGCAUAAACAUAGUUUAACACAUUACAUUGCAUUGGUGACAAUACACAUGAUUACUUAAUGAUUGGGCUGAAGAAAAGACACAGCUGGCUGGUAUAAAAAGGUCACAGAAUGAAUACUUGGUAUUUGGAGAAUCUCCAAUCAAGCAACGAGUCCCAGUUGAGAGGUAAAUAACCUCAUUACUCAUCUCCGAGCUCAGACCGUGUCUGGUGAAGAUCCACUGCUCCAAGUUCUUUUCUGCCUGCCUUUUAUCUCAAUACCCAAAUUGGGCUCUUUUCACCAGACCACUUACUGAGUAAUGGAAGGUCUAGAUGGGGCAGAUUGAAGCCUCUCCAGCUCAUUUGCAUCGUUCUUGUGCUGGAAGAUAGCUGACAGUGAGAGGAAGCUGUCUCUGAGUUCCUUAAGGUUAACCGCUUAAUAUUUUUGUUUUUCCAACUGUUACACACAGAUAGACCUGGGCCAGGACAACCUCUUAACGCUGUCCUCAAAACCACAGACCCAUACACCCUUUUGUUGUCUCUUGAAACAGCAUUCUCCUGCAGAAAACCACAGAAAGUAGAGCAGCCUUUAAAACACAGCUCUCAGCGGUCAUUACAAUCCAUUACAGUCCUCAAAAUCCAUUACUAAGACAUAAGUUUCAGGUUGUGAGUUUGCAUGCAAGCCGACAUGCGAGUGCGUGCGCUGUAGUAACACUCACCGUUGUCUUCCAUUAGGGACAACUAAUGAGAGGUUUGUGAAAGAAAACAGAUGGUCAGUAAUGAAGUAUCACACUGUCUGAAUGAAUGAUGCUUUAUCUACUAUCAUUCUUCAACUUAAAGGUGAAUGACUGACUGUGACUUCCUGCUGUAACGCAUUCUGCGCAGACUAACAGUGACUUGAUGAAGUAAAAUCACAUACAAGACAUUUGUGCUAACUAAGCUUGUGCUCACCAGUGAUUCUUGAUAACAGAGUGGCCAGGAUUGUAUAUUAAUAAAGUUUUAUUAUAACACAAAUGUUUAUGCAAAAAUAAACAGGAAACGAAUAUGGUUAUGCUCAGACACACGUGCACUGUAACAUGGGAAAAGGAACUAAUGCAUUUGGCUGAAGGCAGAUAAGUGAACACACCCUCAUAUACAUUAUGUCCCAGGGUUGAGACGAGGUUAAUCGAAAGCUUCUAUGGACUAUAAUUCAUGUCCACAUGAGGACAUUCCUCACAGACGCGUGUUGGAUCCAAGCCAAAACUAGUUCCAACUGUGCACGUGUUUGUGAGUGAGACAAGAAAGGGGUUGACAGUGGGAGAGACAGAUUUGAUUUGAUGAUGAAAACAGUUGAAAUGUGAGGUCUCAGUGAGUCAGUCAGUCUGUGGCUCUGUCAAAUAUAAAGGCUGAGAUGUCAUGUGCAUUUGAGAAAACGCACUUCAUACGUUAGUGAUUGUGUUAUCAGUGUUUGCUCUGGAUGAAGUUCAAAGCAGUGAGUCGGUGACAGAAAUGUGUCCAUGGAACAAAGAAGCCGAGAUUAGAGGAGUUCAUAGGUUAGAGACGGUGUUCUGGUUUCAGUAGACCCAGAUUUUAAUUAAAACCUUUCUUUCUGUGGCUCCUUUUUUUUUCCGUCUUCAUGUGAAGCCAGCGUGUGCACCUCUCCAAGUCGCGCUCUCUCUUUGAGGUGAUAAGUGAGCGGCUCCUGAUAAAGUCUGGCAAAUGUCCCAACGUCCAUUACAGUGUUAGAAAAUAGACGAGCAAACAUUACCCACCACCCACUGACGCAAACACAUGUACUCCACACACACAUCCUCACUUAUCAAGUAUGCGCAUUCCUCCGAGCACACAUUAAAAACUCAUGCCGGCAUGCCAUUAAUGACUUCACAGAAGACAAAUAACAUUCUGAAACUCUCUCGACGAGGUCUAUGUAAGAAACAAAAGCUGAAAUAUCCAAAAGCAAAUGAUUUUUGUCAAAAUUACCUUUACAAACUACUAGAAAUGACGUCUAUGUUGAUUGUUUGACAAAGAACCUUUUUGUUAUUCAUGGCCACUAUAACUGUAACUGUAUUUAUUAUCAUAUCAUUAUUCACUCACUGCUCUCAUCAGUCAAACCAAGCCUUCCAUCCAUGGCAUUGCUGCAUCAAAAUGUUAUUCAUAUUUAACUGAUACCGAAACAAGACUUGGCUUCAUCUCAACUGCAGCAGUUUGCUCAGAGAUACUUAGUCAUGCUGGCUGUUUACACAGUGGCACAACUUGGCCUAAGCUAAACAAACUACUGUUUUGUUUCAUAUUCAUAUCAUGGUUUUAUUACAGAUGGAUUGGAAUUCCCAUUAGCGUUCGGUCUGAAAUGGCAGCUUCACUUUUGCUUUUGUUUUGUUUUUACUUGAUUUCUUUAUAUUCUCCAGUCUCAUGAUAGUUUGUGACUCGGUUUAUACAAAAAAUAUUUUUCUGCAAUAGUGUAUUCCAUCGUUUAGUGUACUGUAUCAGUCCAUAGUUGGAGAAAAGGGUCUCAGAGUGCCCAAAGAUAAAAUGCGCGCACACACACACACACACACACACACACACACACACGCACACACACACACGCACACACACACACACACACACACACACACGCACACACACUGAAAUGAAAAUACUGUGUCUCAAUAUUUUGUUAAACAAGAGAAAUGGGAAUGUAUGUGGUACAUAAAUAGUUGUAAUGCAUGUAAAGUAGGCUACUGUAAUAAAUAAACUAUAAAUAAAUCAAUAAAUUAUAUAUAACAAGCUACAGUUCUAACCAAACCUCUUUGUUGAGUGAGCAUGCCAGUGCAAUAUCUGAAACUACAGGAAAUCCUGUGCUGAUUACCAACUGUGUGUCUCAUCUCUAUCCACUAGAUGUCACUACAGCCACAGAAGAUGGUGUUGAAGCCAAAGCGAGGCCAUGGACCAACAAGAACAGGAACACUCUGAAUGAUCAUAUGUAAUAGCGGUAUAUGUGAGGCUAAGGCUUAUGAUGUGUAUGUCCUCUUUGGAAAAAAGAGAGACCUCUCAUUUAGUUUAACACUGAAAGGAAAACGUAACAAUGGUUUGCAUAAAGCUCCAGCGAUGAAGUCAUCAGAUUGUUUCCAGUGAAGCACCAGCGAUAAUGUUGUCACAAGUGAUGCUGGGAGUCAUCCUGUCCCUCCUCAUCCUUCUGACCGUCAGUGGUAAUGUGCUGGUGUGCCUGGCUGUCUGCGCCUCCCGACGCCUCCGCUGCCUCACCAACUGCUUCAUCGUGUCGCUGGCUGUGACGGACUUGCUGCUCGGCCUCUUGGUCCUCCCUUUCUCCGCCCUCCUGCAGCUCAACAACGAGUGGCCGCUCGGCCCGGCCUUCUGCAACUUCUACAUCUCCAUGGAUGUCAUGCUGUGCACGGCCUCCAUCCUCACCCUCCUGGCCAUCAGCGUGGACCGCUACCUGGCAGUGACCAUGCCUCUGAGAUACGCCUCACUGGUGCUGCCGUGGAGAGUUGCUGUGGCCAUGGCCAGUGUUUGGACAGUGUCUGUGGCCGUGUCUUUCUUGCCCAUCCAAAUGGGCUGGAACACUGUUAACGGCACAGUGCAGAACUACGGGCCCUGGGCUCCAGUGGGAAAAUGUCGUUUUGAGCUGAACAGGCCCUACGUACUGACAGACUCUCUUCUCACUUUCUACCUGCCUCUGGUGGCUAUGUGCUGGACGUACCUACGAAUACUUCGCAUUGCCCGGGCACAGGCCAAACGCAUUAUCAGUGCCCGACCCACUUCCAUCACGAGCUACAACUGCAGGGACAACCCUUCCACCAGUACCACUGUAGUUUCCAGCGUAACAGCAGUGGCUCUGCGGGAGCACAAAGCCACAGUGACACUGGCAGCAGUGAUAGGGGCUUUUGUGGUGUGUUGGCUGCCAUACUUCAUCCUGUUCACAGUGUUGGGCCUAAAGGAGCAACCAGACCCAAGCACAGUACCAGAAUACUCCAUUGUGUUGUGGCUGGGUUACACCAAUUCAGCCCUCAACCCUAUUCUUUAUGGAGCCCUCAACAGGGACUUCAGGUUAGCCUACACCCACCUACUGAGAUGUCGAUGCCCUACUUACGGUGGGUGGAUGAGCCGGCAGCCGUCUCAGACUGUAGCAGCAGCCAGAGACCAGCUUACAGAGGUGACACUGCUGUGUGGACACACCCCUGCCACAUGCAGGGCAGGUCAAACAGAGCAAAACUUAAUGCUUCAAGAAGUGAACAGCAGGACAGCCACAGCAACUAUCCAUUUUGCAAACGGCACUGCUGUCACAGAUGUCAACGCCAAUGAAAGGUCGUGCUGAGCCUGUGCUGGUGAGGUGGGUGCUGUGUACCGCGGUUGCAACCAAGAACCAAAAUCCAUCAGCCAAAGAGGAAAGAGCAACAGACAGACGACGGAAGAUGGACAGAGAUUUAAAGCCCCUCUUUGGAAGCCUUCAGUGCUGCAGUUGAAGCACCCAUAAUACAACAUCAACCACUCUAUCCAUAAUUCAACAAACAAAAAUUGGAGAAAAUGGGACCUCAGCAACUCCACACCUCAUCAGCAAAGACCAACUGUACGCACACAGCCGGCCUCUACCAAUCGAGAACCGAAGAAAUGACGAUGCUUCUACGUGGAGGGAGCUACAGCAAUAAUCACAGAUAUGCUCUCGAACUAACGGUGGGUAGUAUUGAAGCUCUGGAGGACCGAAUGAGACCAGCCGAUUAACACGUCGGUCAUCAAUUUCAUGAACUUAAUUAUUUAUGCUGACUCGAGAGUGCACUCCAGUGGAAACACAACGUAUCACAACUUUAACCUCGACAAACUAAAUGGAAAUGGAUGUUUCACAAACAGAGAUUGGAGGGGGAAAUGUGAUAAAUGGACUUUUAUUAAACUAACCUCUCCAUGUAGAAACUAAUGUUAUGUGUCUAUUUCGAAAAAUGCAGAUUGUGUCUUUUCUGAUGCUUAUUCAGUGGCAUAAAGCUGGCAAAUGUAUGUAUUGUAUCAUAUUGUAAAAGUAACUGAGGACUGAAAAUGGCUUGUUGCAUAAUUACAACCAUACUGUACGAAUAAAGGGCAGCUUAAAUAAAGAAUAUAAUGUAUACUACCAUUUUUAGAGGGCAAAAUGAAUAGUCUGUAGGCUGUAGUUACGUAUGGAUAGCGAUUAUCAUGUGGGAUGAUGCGGAAAACAUUGUAUGAGUGGUAAUACAAGUAUGGAAACAAUUCAUCACAGCUGUCAGCACACAUUGCCUCAAACUAUUGCCACAUUAACACUUAACCUUCUCCAUACU